AUGAAUUUGAACGCGAACGUGAAUAUGACCACGAGCCACCCUGCUGUUGAUUACAACACGUCUGAGCGUCUGCUUAGGUCUGCAGAUUCGCUGGACUGUGCGCUGUCCAGUCAAGACAAGAAGAACUCGGCCCUCUCUCGACAAGGUUUUCUCAACUGCUCGAACGUUGAUCCUGUCUUUGGUUCAACCGAUCUUCCCAUAUCUCUUUUCGACGACUGGCUCUCCGGGGACCUACAUCAGGUCAGCUUACAGGACCAGGACCAGGGUCAGGGCCAGGACCACGCCUCUUUUUCCUCUUCCUCUUCUCCUCCCUCGACAUCGUCCGAUUCCGACUCGAACAGCCACAGCCCCGUCUUCUCUGCCAAGAGUGUCGACUCGCCCGCCUUGAGUUUUGGCUCAAUUGCCUCGGACAAGGACCUCGUUCAAUCCCCCGCAUGCGAACAACCCAUACCUUUCUUCCCAGAAUUCCAGUCCAACCCAAUUGCACCUCCCACCAAGAACGACCGCAGCAACCACAACAACCAGAGCCAUCGCAGCGGCGUCCAGAAGUACCACAAUCACAGCAGCCGCAACACCACCGACUCUGCCAAUUCUGUCAAAUCAGGUCCAAUGAUGCCAUUGACGCCAGAAGUAGUGCAGCGAGCCGCCGCUGCCUUAAAUAUCCCAUGGAGCAAGUCCCUUGAGGAGGCUGUAUUAGCCCAGUCCCUGUUGUCGAACAUUUCCAUGCCAAUGUCAUCCAUGAGUCUCCAUGAACCGGCUGAACAUAUGGCUCCACUGACAUCCCAGCUGUCCGGACCACCAUAUGCAACCUCCACUGCAGCUGCAGCAGUUGUUGCCAACAUGAUGUUGAACCAUGUUGCUAGCAUCAACGUUGCCCACGACAGCGCCAUGGAUAUCACGCCCCCAUGCACGCCCGCGAUUCCCAUAUCGCCUGGCUCGCCCAUUUCUCCAAGCCUGACCUUCCAUGACGAGCGUGAGUCCUCAGUCGCGCCUCCGCUAUCAUCAUUGACCUCAGGGCUAACUGUCCUAAGCAGCUCUCAAACGCACAUGCAUGUUUCUGGAUCAACUAAGUCCAUGCAGGCCGCAGCGUACAAGAGCACCUACAGGUCCGCGUCGCUGGUGAAGCGUAACCGUGAGGUGGAGGAGCCACCAUCAGUAUUAGAGGGCAAGGAUAUCUCGGAGAUGGAUGAGACUGCAUUGAAGCGCGCCAAGAAUACAGAUGCGGCCCGGCGAUCACGGCACAAGAAGCUGGUCCGGAUGGAAAGCCUUGAGCAGCGUGUUGCGGAACUGGAGAUCGAGAACUCGAUGUUCGAGAGCAAGUUGAACGAGGUCGAGUUGGAACGGUCAUUAUUGGCGGACAAGGAUCAGAUGCAACAGAUUCGUAUUCACGAGCUGGAGCUGAUGCUCGCUCAUUUGCGGGAAAAGUUCUAUUAG